CCAAGUUACAAGUUAAUUAAGUUUAUCAGCAACAGCUAGCCAAUUAAGACAUUUCCAUGAUGAUGAUGAAGAGCCAAGCAGCUCUCCUCGGCCUCACCACCUUGGCCAUCCUCUUCUUCUCAGGUGCACAUGCAGCUAAAAUCACUUUCACAAACAAAUGUUCCUACACUGUCUGGCCAGGAACACUAACCGGUGACCAAAAACCUCAAUUAUCACUCACUGGGUUCGAGUUAGCAACCGGAAUUAGCCGCUCUGUGGACGCUCCGUCCCCAUGGUCCGGUCGCUUCUUUGGCCGAACCAGGUGCUCCACGGACGCGUCAGGAAAGUUCACUUGUGCCACAGCAGAUUGUGGCUCUGGCCAAGUCUCAUGCAACGGUAACGGCGCAGCUCCGCCAGCUACAUUAGUAGAAAUCACUAUUGCUUCGAACGGGGGUCAAGAUUUCUACGACGUUAGUCUUGUUGACGGCUUCAACUUGCCCAUGGCCGUGGCUCCACAAGGUGGCACCGGCGAGUGUAAGGCCUCAACUUGCCCUGCCGAUGUUAACAAAGUGUGCCCGGCUCAGUUACAAGUGAAGGGAUCUGAUGGAAGCGUAAUUGCGUGCAAGAGCGCUUGCUUAGCAUUCAACCAGCCACAAUACUGUUGCACUCCCCCUAACGACAAGCCGGAGACAUGCCCUCCCACUGACUACUCUAAGAUCUUCAAGACCCAGUGCCCUCAAGCUUAUAGCUAUGCUUAUGAUGACAAGAGCAGCACCUUUACAUGCAGUGCUAGCCCUGACUACCUCAUCACAUUCUGCCCAUAAGCAUAUAUAUAUAUAUAUAUAUAUAAUGGGAUCUUAUAUGUUAUGAUAUUAUACAUAUAGUUCCCAAUAAUAGAGAGGAAUAAAUAAGUUUCCUGGAUCUUGACACAUUGUUGAUGUCAAGAAUUUGUAAUGCAGACGAUCAAAUAAAGGAAUAAAUGUUUGGAUUUUA